AUGCUCCAAGUAAUCAGUCGCACAGCUCUUUCGGAUGCUUCACCAGAAGGCAAAGUACUUUCCACUACACCAAUAGGCAACUGUACUGUGUCACAACUUGCGCUAAAUGCGGAAUCUUUGUCCUCACUAAAAUACCUGCUCCUUUCCCUUGUCCAAGGUUCGUCCCCAGAUAAGAUAAAGCAUUUCGAAGAACAGCUUCAAGCUAUGAUGGAGGACGUGCACCUAGUUCCAUACAUAAGUAUGUUCAUUAGUGAUGGGGCUUUACCAGUGUUUCGUAAAGCUUUCAACUUUACGUUAUAUCCAAUGUUUCAUAUUGAACUCUGUCACAAGACGCUGGAGAAUGCCUGGACAGGCAUUGAGAAUGAAUACUCUCUUAGGUUGGGACCACUUGAGCCACUUCUGUCAUUCCGAACUCGCAGCACCUAUCUCUCAAGUGGAGUCUCUUCAACCCUGGGUAAGAUACAUCUGGCUGGAUACAUUUUCCUCAGCAAGCAUGCACUUUUAGCCCCGUUAUACUUUGCUUCUACGGUUUCUCUUGAACUCUUUGCAAAUAAGCCAGGCACCAACGUCACCAGACCAAUCAUUGCUUAUAGAAUACCAGUAUCGGACUUCAUCGCACAGACAGAGAGAACACAUACUAUUCCAGUCGACUCGACGGUGGAAGUUAGAAUUACAUACUGUGGACAGCAUGCUCCGGGCCACCUUUGCAACCUUUCACGCUCUUCCUUGACUCUCCCAACUUCUCCAGUCGCCAACGCGUUGCCAAUUCUGGGCCACAGGGGCUGUGGAAGCAAUAAGAUUCACUUUGGACAAAAAGCACCAAUACUGGAGAAUACGCCCUUGUCCAUACUGACAGCUCGCCAAAUGGGUUGCGUAGGAAGCGAGUUGGAUAUCAUUCUAACUAAAGAUAUGGUCCCUGUGAUUAAUCAUGACUUUGAGUUGAAUGUUAUCGCCGACACAAUUCUACAGUCUAAAAUCAGUCUCCCUAUACCAUGUAUGUUGUACCAUGAGAUUGCUAAUCUAGAAAAUCCCAGAGGAAUAAAGGCAGUCGGUCAUGAGCGUAAUCUUUUCUCUUCGAAGCAUCUUUCUGGGCGCUCAACUUCUGCUCCACUUAUGCGUUAUCACACUAAGUGUACAGAGAUUCUAAUAGAUCACGAACCUAAGGAAGCUUUCCACAAUGCAUUGACAGAAGAAGUGUUAAAACAGAAUCCUGACUGUGGUGAAGAGCACAGGGUUUCAUACCCGGUCAUAACGGAGCAGAAGCGUCUGUAUACGCUUGCUGAAAUACUAGAACAGUGCACGGAUAUGAUACUGAACAUUGAGCUCAAGUACCCCUCCAGGUUUUCGCCUUACAGUACACUCUAUCCGUCAAGACUGGCUCUAGUGAAAGUAGUCCUGGAUACUCUCAAUAACAAAGCUCAGAUGAAUAGUUCAAAAGCACCGAGAGUAUUCAUAUCAUCAUUUGAUUCUAUUAUCUGUAUCUUAGUGAAGCUCUUAGCACCAUCUAUCCCUGUCUUCUUGUUAUUCUUGGGAGACAAUGAAACGGUAGCUCCUUAUAUGGAUGUAGACCUAACUGUUCCUAGUCAAUUAUUCUCAGAAGAUGCUAUAUCUGUUGUCAGCUCCAUAAAUCUAACUGGAGUGGUUCUCUGGAAAGAUAUACUAAGCGUUCAAACAGGACCCAUGUGUCUGUACGAGUAUGCACACCACCAUGGGCUCACUAUCUUAACAUAUGGGACUGCAGUGGGUGAAGCUAUACAGGAUCAACAAGACAAGGGGGUCUCUGCCUUAAUAUGUGACCUUUGCCAUUAUCAGGGGCUCACCGUCUCUGAAUCUUUAAAUGUGGAGCGCAGAACUUACUAA